AUGCGGAGCGUGGAUGCCACGCCGUCUCUCAGUAGGCUAUUGUCGCGAAGAAACAAUUCGCUGGAGCCUUUGGGCACACGAGGCGAGGCAGAUGUGAACAACCAAGCGGGAACAAUGUCAUCGCCUCAAGGGCGCCGACGUAUGACCUCAACCAUUGGCAGUGGAGCUCACUCGCUAUCUACAAACUCGCCGAAACCAUCACAGAAAUAUAUCGUGGAAGGCGGUGAGCGGGUAGGUAAGCGACUGAAGUCUAUCGUGUCAACCAAGCGAGCGUCGAGGAAGAUGGCACACAAACACCCCCACCCUGUCUUCAACAAUAUCCACGAUGAUCGCGAGCACAACGAAGAGAAUAACAGUGAUAGUGACAGUAGCGACGACGAAUUGGCACCAGGAUUGGCGGAUGUUCGACAUCGAGCGCAAUUUUUCAAGUCUUUGAUUGGUCCAACAACUUACGAAGAUGGUGGUCUAGUGACAAAGGGCAACGUCGAUCAUCGUGGAAUAACACCACACGUGGUCUUUUCAACGACUCACACACCUCCAAGUAUGGUAAAGAACCCGAUCAUUACGUCUAGUCAGCCUGUGACGUGUGGGUUUUGCAGCUCCACGAAUCUUUCGUGGGUUCUACGCUGCUCAUUUUGUGGAUCUGCACGUAUGAGCGACGCACCACGAUUAAAGUACUUGAUCGAUAUGAUACUGAGCAUCGAUCCUCGGAUCAAGCCUGACAUCUUAGCGAAGAGGAUUCUGGAUUACGCGAAAUUCGAUCGUGUGGCUUUAAAAGCCGAGGCGACUUUCAAACAAGCUGGUCUGGUUCGUGCAAAGGCUGCUAUUAUGAUGAUGAACCGCACGGUCUCGACUCUGCGAUUUCAGAUGAUGCGAAUGAUUUUCUUGGCGUGGAAGAACGCGAAGGCGUCGGGCCUUCGAGAACAGGCGAUCAUUCAGCGAUGUAUAUCCAUCAAACAAGCUCAGACGAAGCGAAAAUGCAGACAGGAUGCUUUUUCAGUCUGGAGAGGAUACGUCUCUCGAGUGACGGAUGAGCGGUUGCAGCGCUUUCAAGUAGCCUUCAAACGAAAUGAAUUGACGAAACUAAGGCGAAUUUGGGGAAGUUGGCGAUCAUUUUUGCGCAUUCGAGGAAAGGAGAAGGUGGAGGAGAUGAGACGUCACUAUGAAGAAGAGCUACGUGACACACCGCUGGAAGCUCAAAAGGAGAUUGAUCGGCUAAAAGAAAUUCAACAGGAGACAUUGAAGCUGGUGUUUACCGCCGGAGAUUCGAUCUUGGAGCUACUCCAAGUUUCUCUCCGGAAAGCUGAUCAUAGUGUCUUAAAAACACUUCAACUUGUUCAAAUGUACCCCACUACAGCGGGUGAAUUCUUUGAAUCUGCACAUGGAAAUGAACUCCUGGACGCGUUGAGUAGUGGCCAUGCUAUGCCUCAGAUCGACGGCUUUGGGCUUGACGACGAGAAAGAUGACGAAACGAUGAAACAUCUCUUGGAUCAGGCAAUUGAACGGAUCGAACAGUCUCCACAUUCUGAUAGUUUAAUGCAAUGGUUUAACUUCCAGCGUCGACGUGGGGCUGAAAUGGGAACGAUCAUUGAUUCUCCAACUAAAGGAGCUACCGAUAGCAGCAGUACUUCAGAGAAACCAUCGAGUGCCAAGACGAAAAUCCGCUUGAAAGACAAAAAGAAAGAGUUCAAGCCUAUCAAGUAUUUACAGGAUCUUCGAGCCGUAAUUGCGAGUCCAGGUGUCAUGCUCAAGUUGCUAUGCCACACGUCGACUGAAGCACAGGCAGAGUACGAUCGGAUUCGAAGCACCGAGGUAACCAACACAGCAGCGACUGUAGCUGCUGAAAACUCGACGACUGCCACAACGUUAUCUCCUUCUGCUCAAGUUCAGUUGAGGUCCUACUUCAAGAUUGUCCCGAAGAUACUCAACCUUCCACCUGAUAUCGUCACCCGGGACAGCUUUGUAUUGAACGACUUCGACUCGCUUUACGCGUACGCAGUAUAUCUGUAUCUCUUCCAUCCAAACUACGUCGCCCCGGGGAUGGUUCUUUCUCCGAGAUACCAUCUCAGCUACUCGUUUCUCACUCCGCAAUGGCAAAAAGUCAAGACUUCUUUACAAGAUAACGAAUGCGAUCCGUUCGCCCAGCAACAAUUUUACAUUUUCUUAAGCAAACUCAAGCGGAUCAACCUGCAAUUUUUAAGAUUUAUCGACAUUUGCAAGGCUGUUCGGCAUAUUGCAAACUGGCAUGAGCGAUGUGUCACGCGAGAGGCUUUCAAUGAUUUCUCGAGGAGAGUAUUGUGCAAAGAUUCCAACAUUUCAGUAUCGCUCGAGAAAGAAACACUAGCAUCAUGGGUCUCUUUACCAGCGCAAAAGCUCAUGUCUUUAUGCGAUGGAGAGGACGAAUUCCGCAAGAUCGAGCAAGUUUACAAGGACAAUGUACUCGACUUGAUUAAAAUCUUCCGAAUCUAUGGCAGUGCAGCUGGUGGCAAGGGAAUUUUAGAGCAAGAAUUCCUUAAAGUCAUGACAAAAGCUGGUGUCACGAACAAGAAAAACAUUUUAAGGUCUCAUUUACAAUUAAUCUACCAGCAAUCACGUCAAUCGAACGGUGGCAUCCCGAUGGAUAAUCCAAAUAACGGAUCUAGCAUCUCAGGACCAUCAACUGAGGGCGAGGAAGAGGCAGAAGAUCGAGGUGCAACUCCGAAUGAAUUUUUCGAAGCGCUUACCCGAGUGGCGUACCACAAUUAUCAAAAACGUCGGGAAUUUAUGGGUCAAAUUGCCACAAUGAUGAACAUGGGGGAUGAGGUUAGUAUGGAGACAAUUAAUGGCUCUGGCUCACUGCUCUCGUGUGUGGUCGAUUUGGUGGUGGACAAAGUGGUUCCAUUGACGAAGAAAUUCCAAGAACAAGGUCUGACUUUCAAGAAACAAAUGAUUUAUCCUGACGUGCAACACGUUUGCAAGGCUCAAGAGAAAAAGUUAAAGCGAAUUUUUAUCUCGUACUCGCAGAGAAACAAAAAUCCGCAAUCACGUGGCAAACUUCUCGACUUGAGCGACUUUGAGAGUUUGUUGAAAGACAAACGAUUGAUCGACGCGCUGUUCCCUUACGGAAGAAUCAAACAGCUUGUCGCCUUUGUACAACAAGAUGGAGAGAUCGGGAAUACAGCGUCAAGUAUCAAUGGAUACGAUGCCGACAGUGAGUUUGUCUUCUCCGAAUUCGUUGAGGCUUUAGCAGCAAUUGCCGUUUACCGCAAUGCCAAUCCGUAUUUGCCAUUCGCGAAAAAGCUGGAAACAUUUUUCGAGGAAUAUUUCUAGUCUAACUCGUACAGUUAGCACUGCGCUGACAAACCGACUUCAACUAUUCGACAGUCGAUCACAGUCUCCGGUCCAAGAGCGACACCCGGUGCUAAGAACCGUUCAGCUUCUCCUCCAUCUUCGAAACUUCCGGGCCAGAAUGAACUGGACUUGCGUUUCGUCUGCAGCCAGCCCAAUUCUUUCCAUGCUGAUGCUACCAGACUGGAACAAAAGUAUUUGCGUUGAGACUUGGUGGACUCACUCC